AGGUCUUUUAUGACUUCUGUCUUCCAACUUUACCUGCUCUGGCUUCAUAUUUUUUACCCUUUCCCAAGAGCAGCAGAAAAUGAACAAGUUCAAGGGACCGGUGACAUUAAAGGAUGUUACUGUGGAAUUCACCAAGGAGGAGUGGAAAUUACUGACCCCUGCUCAGAGGACCCUGUACAGGGAUGUGAUGCUGGAAAACUAUAGUCACCUGGUCUCAGUGGGUUAUCGUGUGAAUAAGCCAAAUGUGGUCUUCAAGUUGAAGCAAGGAAAAGAGCCAUGGAUAUUAGAAGUAGAAUUUCCACGUCGGAGCUGUCCUGAAGACCUAUGGAAUAUUCAUGACCUAGGAGCAAGAUACCAGGGAAGACAAGCUGGAAAUUCAAGGAAUGGAGAACUCAAAAAACAUGAGAAAACUCAUACCAGAGAGAAAACCUACAAAUGUAAUGAAUGUGGGAAGGCCUUCUGCCAGAAGUCUGAUCUCAUAGUACAUCAGCAUACUCAUUCAAAGAACAAAUCCUAUGAAUGUGAUAAGUGUGGAAAAUCUUUCCCUAAAAAUGAAGACCUCACAGUACAUCAGAAAACUCACACCAGAGAGAAAACCUAUGAGUGUAAAGAAUGUAAGAAAAUUUUCUACCAUCUGUCAUCUCUCAGUAGACAUCUCAGAACCCAUGCAGGGGAAAAACCCUACGAAUGUAAUCAGUGUGAAAAAUCCUUUUACCAGAAACCACACCUCAUGGAACAUCAGAAAACACAUACAGGGGAGAAACCCUUUGAAUGUACUGAAUGUGGGAAGUUCUUCUAUGUGAAGGCAUACCUCAUGGUACAUCAGAAAACACACACAGGAGAGAAACCCUUUGAGUGUAAGGAAUGUGGGAAAGCCUUUUCUCAGAAGUCACACCUCACAGUACAUCAGAGAACACACACAGGGGAGAAACCUUAUAAAUGUAAGGAAUGUGGGAAAUUCUUCUCUAGGAAUUCACACCUCAAAACCCAUCAGAGAACUCACACAGGAGAGAAACCCUAUGAAUGUAAGGAAUGUGGGAAAUGCUUCUACCAGAAGUCAGCCCUCACAGUACAUCAGCGAACGCACACAGGGGAGAAACCUUUUGAAUGUAAUAAAUGUGGGAAAAACUUUUACUAUAAAUCAGACCUCACUAAACAUCAGAGAAAACACACAGGGGAGAAGCCCUAUGAAUGUAAAGAAUGUGGUAAAUCUUUCUCUGUGAAUUCAGUCCUCAGAUUACAUCAAAGGACCCACACAGGAGAGAAACCUUAUGAAUGCAAGGAAUGUGGGAAAUCCUUUUCUCAGAAGUCACAUUUUAUCAUACACCAGAGAAAACACACAGGGGAGAAACCCUAUGAGUGUCAGGAAUGUGGGGAAUCCUUUAUCCAGAAGUCACAACUCACUGCACAUCAGAAGACACACUCAAAGAGGGGGAAAGCUGCUAAAUAGUGUGAGUUUAGACAUUCUUCUAUCUGAAUUCAUCCUUCAGAAUAAUUAGAUAAUUCACACAAGAGAGAGACUUUAUGAAUAUCAUCAAUAUGGGAAAAUUUUCAGCCUCAAUAUUUUCUCACAGUAUAUGAGCAAACACACAAAGAAAAAUUCUGCCAGAAACUGUACACAUUGUAAAACAUGAGGGAAACCUUACUUUCAGAAGUCACACUUUGUUUUACAACAUAGAAAUCACACAGAAGAGAAAUCAUAUAAGUAAAAUGAAUGUCAAGAAAUUUUCCGUCAGCACAGCCAGCACUAGACAUCCAGAAGCUCGCAUGAGUGAGAAACUCCUGUGAGUAUCCUGAGUGAUUCAGAAUUUUUUUUACACAAGUGGAACUCAUAUAUCAGAGUUCUCAACGGGGAUAACUGCAUAUAUUAUGACAGAUAUAGAAGCCUUUAUCAAGAGUUGAUACUUCAUUGAAUGCCAGAUCAUUGAUAUUUGGGUAAGACUUUUAUACCUAUUUUAAAUCUUUGAAAAAUUUCUAAAGAAAAUUCAGAGAAUUUGUACUGAGGAAACAGUUAUACUAGAAGUUAUGUUGCAGAUCUGAUUCCAAGGUUGUUUUUUUUUUUUUAAAAAAGAAACCUGCAAAUAUUUGAAGCUUUAAAAAAGCACAAAUAAGUUAAAUAAUCAGGCAACAUCAUUUGACACACAUAAAGAAUCUUUUAGUAUGUAGGACUUACUUAUAUGUGUAUGUGUGUUAUAAAACAUAAUUUGUAGGCGUAUGGCUUGCAUAUGAAACCCAUGCAUAAUUGUACAUAGGGAAAUAUGUAACCUUAGUUCUAUAACUAUUGUGUAUGGAGAUGUCUCACAGUAAGUCUCAGUAGUCUCUUAUUGUUAAUAUAUGUAUUGUCAGUGUAACAUUCUUUUAAAAUUAGAAUGCAUCUUUUUAUCUUAUUUUCUGGUAUUGUGAAUGGAUGUAGACAUUGUUACUAAACUAAUCCUUCAAAAAGGAGAUAAAAUGUUUUUGUAAAACUUUCAGCUGUCUCAUAGUUAGCCAAAUUUUACAUUAGGGACACAUUUAUUUAUAGCAAAAGCCUGAGCUGCUUUUAAAGCAGGUAAAAACUAAUAUUUAUUACAGUCUACACAAUAAAAACAAAUAGUGUUAUGUAAGAAAUAUUUACCUUACUGUUGAUAUUUUAGCAGGUUUCAGAGGUACCUGCAUUUGUGUUUUGUAUGAGAGUCCUAAACAUUCUUCACUACCUUUUCCUUCCUAGUAGAAGCAACAUGGCAUGGUGGUGGACUCUGGAAUCCUCUUGCCUAGGCCCAGAUUCCAGCAUGGGCAUGCCACUUAACUUCUCUGUGCCUCAGUUCCUUUUCUAUAAAAGAGCAGUGAUAGUAACAAUAUCUUAGGACUGCUUUGAGGUCCAAAUGAGUUAAUAUUUUUAAAGCACUUAACUCUUGUGUCUUAGACACUGUUCUGUAUAUUAGAUAUCAUCAUCAUAAUUUUGUAUUUCCUGAAUUACACUGCAAGGAAAAAAAAGUUGGCUACCCAGCAUUCAUCCCUCCACCUAUUACUGUGCUAGUGCCUUGAUUUGGCUUGGAUUUUCAUUUUCUCAGCAGCGAUUCAGGGGCAGAUCCAGCUUAGGCUAAGUGAGGGGCUGUCAAACCACAGCCCAUCAGCCAGGACUGGCCCUCUGCCUGUUUUUGUAGCCCGCAAGCUAAGAAUGGCUUUACAUUUCUAAAUGGUUGAGAAAUUAAUGAAUACUUUGUGACCUAUGAAAAUUGUAUGAUAUUCAAAUUUCAGUGUCCAUAAGUAAAGUGUUUUGAGAACACUAGUACAAACAAAACCCAUUUGUUUAUGUUUUGCCUGUGGUUGUCUUCACUCUACACCAGCCGGGUUGAAUAGUUGUGACAGAGACCAUAUGGCCCACAGAGCCUAAGAUAUUUGCUAUCUGGCACUUUACAAAAUAAGUUUUUCUGUUACUUAGAUGAAAACAUUCAAGCAAUGUCAAGGUAUACUUUUAUAUGUGUUAUGUUUUUUAGAAAUGAUGCAUACAGCAAUUUGGGGGUGGGUGGUUUUUGUGCAGUAUAUUUAUUUUGUGCAUUUUAUUUAUAUGUUAAAAGCCUAAGCUUAGAAGUAUUUUUUUUUUUUUUCAAAGAAAUGUGUUUUUUACUUGCUGAAUUGUCAUAACAUCAAAAUAAGAAAUUUCCUGAUGGAAUGUAGCAGUA